CGCGCUCCCGCCGCCCGCGUCGCCAUCUUUUCCCCCUCCGUCUGUCUGUCUGCCGUUGGCUUUGUCCGUCUGCAGCGCCGCCCCUCGGCUCCCCGCCACCGGCUUGGCUCGAAGCCGCCCUCCGCCUGCCGGGGCUCAGUCCCGGAGAGCCCCGGCCCGGCCAGUCCGAGCUGCGGUCCGGGGCCCAUUGUCCGGCGGUCCGUCUGUCCGGAGGCGGGGCCCACGGACGCGGAGCGCCGCAGAGCGCCGAGGCGCCGGAUUUCUGAGAAGACUGUGUCGUCUGAGGGUUUGUCUGAGCCGCCUCGGAAGACCUCUGGCUUUUGUCGAUAAUUCCUGGGAAUCUACCUGUGCUCAUGCUUGAAGAAGCCAAAAGGACCAUCUCGAUAAAAAUCACUGGGAUUCAGGCGAGUUUACUUUGCUCCGUGGGAACUGCACCAGAGCUGGAGAUAUGAUAGAAGACUGCCCGAAAGCUGCUUCCUUUGCCACUUCCUGUGGAGGCCUGUCUUUGCCAUUUGCGGUUUCUUUCUUCUUUUGGUCAGCAUCCUGCAAGGAGGUAGUAACAUAUCCAGUUGUGAAACUGGGAAAGGCCAGAGCUCUCAGAUCAGGGAAACAUGUCCCGUCGGAAACAGACAAAUCCGAAUAAAGUUCACUGGGAUCAAGUAUUUGCUGGGCUAGAAGAGCAAGCCCGCCAGGCGAUGAUGAAAACUGAUUUUCCUGGAGACCUUGGCAGUCAGCGACAAGCUAUCCAACAACUAAGAGAUCAGGACUCCAGUAGCAGUGACAGUGAGGGUGAUGAAGAGGAGACCACACAAGAUGAAGUCUCUUCCCACACAUCAGAGGAAGAUGGAGGGGUGGUCAAAGUGGAAAAAGAGUUAGAAAAUACGGAACAGCCUGUUGGUGGGAAUGAAGUGGCAGAGCACGAGGUCACAGGGAACUUGAAUUCUGACCCCUUACUUGGACUUUGCCAGUGUCCCCUGUGCCAGCUCGACUGUGGGAGUCGGGAGCAGCUGAUUGCUCACGUGUACCAGCACACUGCGGCAGUGGUGAGCGCCAAGAGCUACAUGUGUCCUGUCUGUGGCCGGGCCCUAAGCUCCCCGGGGUCCUUGGGUCGUCAUCUCCUAAUCCACUCGGAGGACCAGAGGUCUAACUGUGCUGUGUGUGGAGCCCGUUUUACCAGCCAUGCCACGUUUAACAGUGAGAAACUCCCUGAAGUACUUAAUAUGGAAUCCCUACCCCAAGCCCAUAGUGAGGGUCCCUCCAGUGCUGAGGGAAAGGACAUUGCCUUUAGCCCUCCCGUGUACCCUGCUGGAAUUCUGCUUGUGUGCAACAAUUGUGCUGCCUACCGUAAGCUACUGGAAGCACAGACCCCCAGCGUUCGCAAGUGGGCCCUACGCCGACAGAAUGAGCCGUUGGAAGUACGGCUACAGCGUCUGGAACGAGAGCGUACAGCCAAGAAAAGUCGGCGGGACAAUGAGACCCCAGAGGAGCGGGAAGUAAGGCGCAUGAGGGACCGUGAAGCCAAACGCCUGCAGCGCAUGCAGGAGACAGACGAGCAGCGGGCACGCCGGCUACAGCGGGAUCGGGAGGCUAUGAGGCUGAAGCGGGCCAAUGAAACCCCAGAGAAGAGGCAGGCCCGGCUCAUCCGGGAGCGGGAAGCCAAGCGGCUCAAGAGGAGGCUGGAGAAAAUGGACAUGAUGUUGCGAGCUCAGUUUGGCCAGGACCCUUCUGCCAUGGCAGCCUUAGCAGCCGAAAUGAACUUCUUCCAGCUACCUGUGAGUGGGGUGGAGUUGGACAGCCAGCUCCUGGGCAAGAUGGCCUUUGAAGAGCAGAACAGUGGCUCUCUGCACUGAACCCACCUGCCCUCCUGCUCACCCAGGUCCACACGGAUCUGUGCUACAGCCAACUCACAAGGCCUUGUCCUUACUGCCAGAGGAAGGCCUGGGUUUGCUGCAGGUGGACCUAAGCACCUCUUGCAUGUGGGAGCAGGAUGAUGGGGUCAGCAGGGAGCCGGAUUAAGGCAGCUCUGGACGAGGGAGUAGGCACUCCAGGGAACUGGACUCCCAGCCCAAAGCUGCAGGGCAUGCUUAUAGGACUAUGGGGCCCAGUGCGGCCCACGGAAUUGUGAGGGCAAAUAAAUUAAUUUUAUCUUUA